AUGCGUCUGUUGCAGACUACCGAGGCCGACUCAACUGGCGGAUUUGAGGUCAAGGAAUUCCCGUACAAUCAAAUUCCAAAAUAUGCUAUCCUGUCACAUAGGUGGGACAACGAUGAACCUACUUUGCAGGAUGUCAGAGGAAACAACUUGAGUACAAAGGAGGGCUUCAAUAAGUACGUUUGGAUUGACACCUGCUGCAUUGACAAGACAAGCAGCGCGGAGCUUUCGGAGGCAAUCAACUCAAUGUACCUAUGGUACUUCAAAGCUGAGAGAUGCUACGCCUAUCUUGCAGACGUGAUGUCGAAAGACGCCAUCGGGAAAAGCGAGUGGUUCACAAGAGGGUGGACCCUUCAAGAGCUGCUGGCGCCAUCAGAGGUUUACUUCGUUGAUAAGCAUUGGAACUACCUAGGGACCAAGAAAAGUCUGCAACAAGUCAUAUCCGACUGCACUGGUAUCCCCCUCGCUAUUCUCUCUGGCGAUGAGGACCUCGAAGCGGCUAGCGUCGCACAAAGAAUGUCAUGGGCUGCGAAGAGAAAGACAACGAGACCAGAAGAUAUGGCCUAUUGCUUAAUGGGCAUAUUUGGCAUCAACAUGCCAAUGCUUUAUGGAGAAGGUGAACGAGCCUUCAUCAGACUUCAGGAGGAAAUCAUGAGGAUCUCGGAUGACCACAGCCUCUUCGCAUGGAAGUCACCAGGUAUACGUGGGCUUCUGGCCACCUCUCCAGUUGCGUUCGAGGCCUCCAGGAACAUCAUCCAAUUCAAUCCGCUCGAUACACCCAACGGUCCCUUAACGGUCAGCAGUAGGGGGGUCCAUUUAGACCUUCGUUUUGUCGGUAAAGGGCCUCAAGGACUUGGCCUCGCGGUCCUUCAUUGCAAAGAAGGACAGGGCGAUAGCCCGAUAGCCAUCUAUUUGAGAGACUUGUCUUGGACAAUGGAAAGAUUUGAAAGAGUUCGAAGCGAAAAAUUCGAACGGCUUGAUCUAAAACAAUUCAGACCAUCGCAAUAUCCAAUGAGACGGGUGUGCAUCCAAACUGAGCGGACGACACCUAGGCGGAGAUCUGAAGAUCCUGGGAAAUAUGAUAGCAUUGCGCAAUACAAGGUCUAUAAUGACAGCACUCUAGCGAAAUUCACGAAAUUCACGAAUCUGACAGAACUAAUGAGCGAAGCAGCAACAGCACUUCAGGAUAAGAUAUGGCUGCUACUAACACGGAGCGAUGUCGAAGUUGAUUCGAAGGACGAGAACGACCGGACGCUGUUGUCGUGGCUUGCCGGGAAUGGGCACAAGGCCAUCGUCCUGCAAUUGCUCGGGAGAGGCGCCGCAAUUGAGGCGAAGGACAAGGAUGGCGGGACGGCGCUCUGGUGGGCCGCCAGGAACGGGCACGAGGCCAUCGUCAAGCUGCUGCUCGAGAAGGGUGCCGACGUCGAGGCGAAGGAUAAGUACGGUCGGACGGCGCUCGUGGUGGCCGCCGGGAACGGGCAUGAGACCAUCGUCAAGCUGCUGCUCGAAAAGGGGGCCGAGGCGAAGGACAAGUACGGUCGGACGGCGCUCGUGCGGGCCGCCGGGAACGGGCAUGAGACCAUAGUCAAGCUGCUGCUCGAAGAGGGCGCUGACGUGGAGGCGAAGGACCAGUACGGUUGGACGCUGGACGUCGAGAGUGGGACGGCGCUCGUGCGGGCCGCCGGGAACGGGCACGAGGUCAUCGUCAAGCUGCUGCUAGAGAAGGGUGCCGAUGUGGAGGCGAAGGACGAUGGCGGUAGGACGGCACUCGUGCACGCCGCCGGAAACGGGCAUGAGACCAUCGUCAAGCUGCUGCUCGAGGAGGGCGCUGACGUGGAGGCGAAGGACCAGUACGGUUGGACGCUGGACGCCGGGAGUGGGACGGCGCUCGUGCGGGCCGCCAGGAACGGACACGAGGCCAGCGUCAAGCUGCUGCUCGAAAAGGGCGCCUACGUCGAGGCGAAGGACCAGUACGGUCGGACGGCGCUCGUGCUGGCUGCCAGGAACGGGCACGAGGCCAUCGUCAAGCUGCUGCUCGAGAAGGGCGCCGAUGCAGAGGCGAUGGAUGACGGCGGUGGGACGGCGCUCGUGCGGGCCGCCAGGAACGGGCACGAGGCCGUCGUCAAGCUGCUGCUCGAGAAGGGUGCCGACGUCGAGGCGAAGGAUGACGGCGGUAGGACGGCGCUCGUGCAGGCCGGCAGGAACGGGCACAAGGCCAUCGUCAAAUUGCUCCAAGGGAAACGUCCAUGA